AUGAUCAAUUAUCAAUAUUGUCAAUAUUUAAUAAAAUUUGGAUUUAUUUUUAUGAUCAUAUUGAAUAAUGAUCUAAUUAUUACAUGUCAACAAUCAAUUCAUAAUGAUUAUGAUCUAAAUGAUCAAAUAAAUCAUGAAUUCAAUAAAUAUGAUAUAUUAACAUCGAAUUUAAUAAAUAUACAAAAGAAACCAUAUAAUUUAACAUUAAUUAAUAUACAAGAUUCAAUACCAAUAUCAGCUAUAUCAUUAGCUAUUGUAUUUGAUUCAACUGGUUCUAUGGGUAAUGAUUUAAAACAAGUGAAAAUUGGUUCAAGACGUAUAUUACAAAGACAUUUACAACGUGGUGAAUCAAAUUAUAUAAAAGAUUUUGUUUUAGUUAAAGUACAUGAUCCAGAUGUUGGACCAGCUAAAGUGACAACAUCCACUAAAACAUUUUAUGAAUAUUUAGAUAAUGUUUAUACUCAAGGUGGUGGUGAUUGUCCAGAAAUGACAAUAACUGGCAUUGAAUUAGCAUUGGAAGCAUCUAGACCAAAUUCAUUAAUUUAUGUUUUUACAGAUAGUAGCGCUAAAGAUUAUAAUCGUACAGAGAAAGUACUCAAUUUAAUACAACAAAAACAAAGUCAAGUUGUAUUUGUUCUAACUGGAUUUUGUAAUACAACGGAUGAACCUGGUUUUGAAGCAUAUCGUCAAAUUGCUACAGUUAGCUCUGGUCAACUUUAUAUUAUUGGUAAAGGUCAAGUUAAUGAAUUUAUGCAAGUGGUUGAAGCUGCUGUUGAAGCACGUAAAGUACAUAUACUUCAACAAGAUACAUUAAAUACCGAAUCAAAAACUUAUAGUUUCCCAGUCGAUUCUCAUUUAUCACAAUUAACUAUCCAAGUAACAAAUCAUCAACGUGAUCGUGCAAUCAAUGUAAAAAUUCGUAAUCCUGAAGGAAAAUUAAUUGAUAAAGAAGAUGGUCUAAAACAAUUAAUGAAAGCUGUAAAAUCUGUAUUUGUCGGAUCAAUUGAUCGACCUAAACCAGGUCAGUGGACAUUAGAAGUUGGCAUUGAUACAGAAGAAAUUGAUUCGGAAACAAUGGAUAUGAAUAACGAUAAUAAUAAUAAUAUUAAUAAUGAUAGUAAUUUACAACGUGAACGAUGGAUUUCUGUUCGAGUUUCUGGUAUAAGUGAUGUUGAUUUUUUGCAAGGCUUUUCAACAACACCAAAAUUGUAUAAUUAUGGUGCAUCAACACAACCGAUUGCAGGUGUUCAAAAUUACAUUAUGGUUAAUAUGACUGGACGAUUUCUACCAGGACAAAUUGAUCAUUUUGAUAUGCGUGGAUCAAAUGGUUCAUCAAUUGUACGAUUACCUGUACAACAAACUGAAACAUUUCAAAUUUAUGUUAGUCAACAAGCAAUGGAACCAAUUACUGGACAUUAUUAUCUUGAAGUAUCUGGACGUGAUGGACAAGGUUAUCCAUUUCAACGUUGUUCUAAAGUAGCAUUAUCUUCUAGACAACCACAACAAAUUGUUGUUACAUGUCCAGCACAAAUUGAUGUUAGAAGAGGAGCUACAGCAGAAUUAUCAUGUUCUGUAACAAGUGAAAUACCAUAUACAGUAAAAUGGUUUAAAGAUAAACAACCAAUUACAGGAUAUCAUGAUGAAAAUAAAGUUUACAAUUUCCCAACUAAUGUUUUGUACACAAUUACUGAUGUCAAUGAAGAAUCACAUGGGAUUUAUUCAGUAGAAGUAAUACCUACAGUUACUGAUGAUGAGAAAAAGAUUGAAGGUCAAUAUAAAGAUGAAAUAUCUGUGAAUAUAUUACCACCUCCUCCUCGUGUUUUAAUACCACGUAAUGCAAGUGUUGAGCCUAGAACAGAUGCAAUAAUUACUUGUAAUAUAUUUAGUUUAGAUGAAAAUAUUGAAGUAAAAUGGUAUCGUGGUUUAGAUCCAAGAUUUGAAUUAAAAAAUGGACGUCGUCAUACAAUUAAAUUGAAUCAAGAUACACCUGCAGGUGGUUUAGCAUCAGCAUUCACCAGUACUUUAACAAUAAGGUCUGCUACUGAAAGCGAUUCGGGCAAGUAUAUUUGUGAAGCUGAACAUAAAGGUGGUAUAAGUGAAGCGGAUGGAUUCCUUAUUAUACACACACGUCCUGUUGUGAAUACAGAUGAAGAAAUUGUAACAUUUAAAGAAGGUAGUUCACUUGUAUUAAGUUGUCGUUCAGAGGGAGUACCAAAACCAAAAAUUAUUUGGGCAUAUAAUGAUGUACCAAUUACAAUAUCCACUGAUGAUGAUCAACGUAUAACAGUGAUUGAAGAAUAUUUUGAGUCAAGAUUAAUUAUUCGUCCAGCGAAAUCUGGUGACGCGGGAAAUUAUUCUUGUAUAGCUAUUAAUUCAGCUGGUAAUCGUACAAUCAAUAUUCUUGCUAACUUUAUAUCACCGCCAAAAAUCGAUAAACUAGAAAUAUCUAGUCUAUUGCCAGUUGAAGGUCAAGAACAAAUAUUUACAUGUCAUGUUACUGGUAAACCGAAACCUAAAGUAAAAUGGGAUUUUAAUGGAAGUCCGGUUACUAGUAGUCCAGGAAUUCAUAUUGAUGAAGAAAGAGGAGUACUGAAAUUACUUUCAGUUCGUCAAGAUAUGAAAGGAGAAUGGACCUGUCUUGCUGAAAGUAUAGCUGGUUACACAAGAGAAUCUGUACUAAUGGAUGUUGGAUUUCCACCUAAAGUACUUACAGAUUUUACAAAUUCAAAAGUAUUAGCUGAAUUUUCAAUGGAUACAACUUUAAGUUGUCCAAUAACUGGUCAACCUCUUCCUAAUGUUAAAUGGUAUCGUGUUACUGGUUCAGGGAAUAUACCAUUAAAUUUUGGUAAUCGUUAUAUAUUACAAGCGGAUAAUUCUUUAUUAAUACAUGAUGUAAACAUGGAAGAUGGAGGGGUUUUCAUUUGUGAAGCUGUUAAUAUGUAUGGUAAAGUGAGUCAUUCAGUCACCGUUGAAAUUGGAGGCACAAAAGCUCCAUCUAUAUCAUUUACACAACCAAAACAAUUAGUUCUUGUUGGUACAACAGAAAAACAAAUUAUUUGUAAUGUACUUGAUGCAAAACCAGCUGCUACUGUAAUUUGGUUAAAAGAUAAUCAACCUAUUGAUAUUAGAACAAGUGAAAAAUAUUAUCAAGAUGGAUUUAACUUAAUUAUACGUGAUAUAGAAAUAGAAGAUGAAGGGAUUUAUACUUGUAUUGCACGCAAUGUAGUUGGAAAGGCUAAAUUUGAUAUUGAAUUAGAUGUACAAGGAAAACCAAAGUUUUUAGAUUCAUCUAUUGGAGGUAAAAUUGAUGUGACACAAGGCGAUAAUUUAGUUUUGGAAUGUAAAGUUGAAGGUGAUCCAAAACCAAUUGUUGAAUGGCGUAAAGAUGGUAGAAUAAUUUUACCACAAGGACCUGGAACAAGUACCGGGACAUUGUAUGGAUCAAAUAUGGGUUCAAUAGGACCGGCUAUUGUUAUUUCACCUGAUGGAUAUACAUUGACAAUAUAUUCAGUUACAGAAGCUGUUACUGGAAGUUUUACAUGUUCUGCUAUUAAUGUUCAUGCAAUUGAAUCAAAAGAAUUUGAAAUAAGUGUUAAAACACCACCUGUUAUAUCAAAAGAAGGUAGUAGUGAAUUUGAAUUGGGUAAUCAAGAAGUUGGUUUAUUAACUUGUAUUAUUGCAAUUAGUCAACCUCCAGCUAAAGUAACAUGGUAUAAAGAUGGAAGACCAUUAGAGCAUAUUCCCGGUCGAAUUAAUUUUCUGGAUCAUGGACAUACUGUAGAAAUACGUGGUAAAAAUGAAGAAGACUCCGGUUCAUAUGAAUGUCGUGCUGAAAAUGUUGCUGGGAUAGAUUCUAGAUUUUAUCAAGUAACAAUAUUAAUUCCUCCAGAGAUUACAACAAUUGGAACUUCUACUCGUCGACUUGUUCAAUCAGGUCAUAAAUUAGAACUUGAAUGUGGUAUGACUGGUUAUCCUGAACCAAAAUUAACAUGGUAUUGGAAUGGUAAACCAUUAUCUAGCAAUGAUGAUCAACAAGAAACUAUAGCAUCUAGUUUAGGCAUGCAAAUAAUUAAUAUGAAUCCUGAAAGAAAAGAUUUAUUUAUACAAGAAAUGAGUACUGCUUUACAGGGAAAUUAUACAUGUAAAGGAAUGAAUAAAGGAGGUUCGACUGAUUUAACUUAUGAAGUUAUUUUACUUGAAAAACCUCGAAUAGAUAGUUUAAAUGAAAAAGCUGUUGUAUUCGUCAAUAAUACAAUAACAUUAACAUGUGAAGCUACAGGCAGUCCACCACCGAAUAUUACAUGGUUAUUUAAGGGAAAACCACUUGAUUUACACAAUGAUCCAGGUUAUCGCUUAGUUGGUCCAAAAAAUUUAAUGCUUUUAUCAGCAAGACCAUACCAAGGUGGAGAAUACGAAUGUAUUGCAGAAAACGAAGCAGGAAUAGCCCAAGCACUAACUAUUCUAACUGUUUUUGAACCUACUGGUGAAAGGAAUAUGGCACAAAAUCUUACAAUUAGAACAAUACAAAUGGGUGGGAAUAUUACAUUCACAUGUGUUAUGAGUUCAAAUCCACCAGCACAGAUUAAAUGGUUUAAAGAUGAAGAAGAUAUUUAUAGUGUUAUGCCACAAGAUCGUUUUUCAAUUAGUUCUGAUGGUUCAGCUUUAACGAUUCUUAAUGUUCGUCUUGAAGAUCAAGGUCAAUUCAAAUGUUUAGCAGUUAACAUACCUGGAUCUUGGAAUUAUCAUUAUACACUGGAAGUAACAUCAUCUCCUGGUAUAUUGAGACAUUCAUCUUCACCAUCUAAAGUAAAUGUGAAUGAUGGUCAAGAAUUACGUUUACAAUGUUUAGCUACAGCAAAUCCGGAACCAGUUUAUCAAUGGUUAAAAGAUGAUACACCAUUAAGUCUUCAUGUCUUAACUAUGUCAUCCAGUGAAGGAAAUGAUUUUUCAACACCAAGUAUAGAUAUAACAAAUCUAAGCAGCCGUUAUGAACUUCAUGAUCAAGGGAGAUUACUUUUAAUUCGAGGUAUUCAAACACAUGAUGCUGGAAGAUUUACAUGUGUGGCUAGUAAUCCAGUCGGUGAAGAUAGAUUGGAUGUUGAAGUUGAAGUUUCAUCUUCUCCAAGAUUUCUUGAUGGUUUGGAUCAUGAAUCACCAAUAUUAGAGAGAGGCAAAUCAAAUCAUUUAUGGUGUAAUGUUACUGGACAUCCAGAACCUGAAAUUCGUUGGGAAUAUGAACUACCAACUAGUGGUCCAGGUGAUCGUAAUAUACAACAACGUUUAAAUGGUAGACAAUUAAUUUUACCAAAUGUCGAUUAUGGUAUAAUAACACGUUAUAUUUGUAUUGGUAAAAAUAAAGCUGGUGAAAUUAAACGAAUAUUUGAUCCAACUUUAGUAUAUCCCCCAGUAAUUAUUGGACCCGAGGGAAAAAAUCCAAGACAUGUAUUACAAAACUCUAGUACACGAUUAAUAUGUGACUGGGAAGCAUCACCAAGAGCUCAAGUGGAAUGGUUUAAAGAUGGAGAAUUAAUUACCUUUGAUACAUUUCCAAAUAUUAAUAUUUCCGUUGGUGAUACACAACUUUAUCUAACCGAUGUACAAAACUCAGAUGCUGGAAAUUAUCGUUGUGUAGUAACUAAUGAAUAUGGUUUGGCUAAACGUCAAUGGUUGGUACAAGUGAUGUAUAAUAAUCAUAAUUUAGAUAUUGAAUCUAAUAUGGAUCUAGAUGAUCUUUUAAAAGAAAAAUAUGAGGGAAAUUUAAAAGGAACUCAUUCUUAUAAUCCAUAUGAACAAAAAUUAUCUAGUAAAUCAUUAAGUGGAAAAAUUAUUGAUAAAUUACAAAAAGAUACAAAAAAUUAUGAAAAAGAAAAAUCAAUAAUCGAUCAAAAAAUGAAACCAAAUCAAAAUUAUCAUUAUGGUACAUCAAUUAUUAUAACUCAUAAUAAAUAUACAUCAAUAAUUAAUGGUAAAAAGAAAACUGAUGAAGAUGAAACUAUUGAAGCAGAAGAAUAUGAUGAUCAUGAUGAUGUUCAUGAUCAUGAUGUUGUUGAUCAAAAUUUGAAAGUUGAUAAACAUUCAUAUGGUUUAUUGGAAUUUCCAUUUACAGUAUUUAAUAAUUUUGGUUUUGGUGGAUGGUUUUGA